AGCAGUAGAGAGGACAGGACAAGACAGGAAAUUCCUGCACACACCACAACCUGACUACACUUCGGCGACCAGCCCCAGCCACUGACACCUCCCUCCCCAGAUACGUCACGUGGUGCCUUCUCCAACCAAUGGACGGCCGGCAUCCGGCACAGGUACGAGAUUCAAACUGUCCCCGUCUCCUGGAGACGUAGAAGCGCCGGAGCGGGGGCCGGAGCCGGAGCCGGGCAGAGGCAGGGGCAGCAUGGAACAUCGCAUCCUGAGGCCGGGCCAGGGCGCAGGAAUGGAGCAUCGCAUCUUAGGGCCGGGCCCGUACCGAGCGACCAAGCUGUGGAAUGAGACUAUUGAACUGUUCCGCGCGGGAAUGCCCCAGAAGCGGCAUCGCGUGCACUUCAAGACCUACGACCGGUGUUUCACUGCCUCCGAUGCCGUGGAUUGGCUGCAUGAGCUGCUCCAAUGCAAUCAAAACUUUGGGCCAGAAGUAACUCGCAGUCAGACGAUCCAGCUCUUAAAGAAGUUUCAGAAGAACCAUGUCAUCGAGGAUGUAAAAGGAAGAUGGGGGAGCGAAGACUUUGAAGAUGAUAACAGUCUUUACAGAUUUCCACCGACUUCACCACUUAAACCUUACCCAAGAAGACCUCAGCAAAAGGUGGAGCCUCUUCCGUUCCCUCGUUGGACUGAUGAAGCCUCUGAGACCUCCCACUCUUAUAUUCCAGUAAAACCCGUUGUAAUGAACUCAGAAAUGUGGUACAAACGUCACAGCAUUGCAAUAGGUGAGGUGCCUAUCUGUCGCCUGGUGUAUCGCAGAGAGUUAACCACUGCUAAUAUUGAAGAUAUAUGGAAAACGAAGACCCUGUCAUAUUUACAGAAGAUUGUCGGACUUGAUUCUCUGGACGACGUGAUGGAUAUGAAGUGGGCGAAUGGGAAGCAUAUAAUGCACAAUGUGUACAACGUUACCAAACAUGACAUUGUGUUAAUGGAUGACCGAUCAAGAGAACUCCCACACUGGCUGCUGUCUGCAAUGAAAUGUCUAGCAAAUUGGCCAAAUUGCUCUGACGUGAAGCAUCCAAUGUAUUUGAGGUUUGAGAGGGACGUGUUCAAAACCAUCACUGAUUAUUACAGUUAUCUUCAUGAGCCACUCCUGACAUUUCAACUUUUUGAUGUUUUUGUAAAUAUACUUGGUCUUCUGCAGAAGAGGCGCGUAGCAAUUGAAGCUCUUCAAGUUUGCUGUCUGCUGCUGCCACCGGAAAAUCGCAGGAAACUGCAGCUCCUAAUGAGGAUGAUGGCCAGGAUAAGCCUGAACGGGGAAAUGCCACCGCUGUGUGAUACCACUGGGAACCGAGCGCUGAUGGUACAGACCUUUUCUCGCUGUAUCCUUCGCUCUAAAGAGGAGAUAGACCUGGGUGAACUUUUGUCCACAAAACUGGUGACUUUCAUGAUGGAUAAUUGUCAGGACAUUUUGACUGUUCCACCAUCUAUGAAGAAGUCAGUGGAAGACUACGUAGCACACCAGAGAAGGGUCAAGAUAAAGUAUCCGGGGGCUGACAUGGACACCACGCUUCAGCCCACCUUCGUCCAACCCCAGGAAAUACUUGAAUAUCAGAAGCUGAGCAAACCUCAAGAUCCGGUGAAAGUUGCAUUGGAGGAUAUUAUAAAUAACCAACAGAUGUCAUCCAAGGAGAAGAAGAAGAAAUUAAAGCAGUUCCAGAGAUCCCAUCCUCAGGUCUACAAGGAACGGUUUCCUACCCCAGAGAGUGAAUCUGCAUUAUUCCCAGAGAAAACGGGACUAAGAGCUCAGCUUUCAUUUUUCACUCUUAAACGACCCUUCCAGUCAUUUCAGAGGACACGAAGCUUUCGGAUGUAAUGGGGACUUGUCUCUGAUUAAAACCCAAAGCAUAGGAGAUGGUUUACAGAUAAAAAGGAAAGAAAAAUAACCACUUAAGCUGUACGCUAGAUGCCAAGCCGCAAGACACAAGAUAUUCUCUAAUGACCACUUAUCAGUAUUUGUUUGAAUAUCGUACUAUAUUUUUUUUUUAGAUGAAAAUGGGUCAAUUGCUAACCUGAACUGGCAUAUUGUUAUGCACAUAACGUUUUCAAGGUUCUCACCUGUGGUUUGAAAGAUUUGCCACGGAGUGAAAAAUACUUGAGCAAUACACCAGGGGUACAUUUCAGAAUUUACAUGACUUUAGUCCUUGAUGUUAAAUCUUGUACAUACUUGAAUUUUUUUAAUACACUGGAUGACAGCUAAUGAAUUGACAUAUCCGUCUUGAAUGUCUGUAUAAUAUUUGUCUCUAAAUGUCAGCGAUGUCAUUAGACGUGCUUUUGAGUGAUGCGACUGUCAUUUUUGUGAUUUGUUAAUUAUAUUAUGACAGCUUUUUUUUCAAAUAUUAACUGAAAAACAUU